GUUAGAGACUGAGACAGAUUAUCUGGAAUGUGACAAAGACAAGGACUCAGAGCCAAUAAGAACACAAGUUUUUGUUGUUUUUUCAUUUUCACUUCAUUAUUUUUCAAAGGAGGAAAAACACAACUAAAGGAUUUACUAAAAGGUUUGCAAUUUUUGAGAGUAACAUUUUGUCUAAAGAAUGAAGAGGAAGGUAUUUUAUUUUUGCGAGGAAAAGAAAUGGUCCUUUAUUAAACGAAAGGAGAGGACAAUGUGGUCAGAGCAAAGCAGACUUUGACUUCCACUUUAAGAGGACAGUUUCGCUCUGCAGUACAGUUCGUCUUAUAUACUGUGUGAAGUGAACAACAUGAGGAUUAUUCACAUUCAGAUUUAUGUGUUAAUGUGGUGUCAAGCUGCAGAGACUUUAGAUCAACUGACUUCUUUGGGACAAAAUGUGACUAUAAACUGUGAUCUGGAUUCCAGUGAGGUUUAUUGGAUUUUAUUGAAACAAUCUGAUUCUACAGUGAUACUGCAGUCAUUCUUAAACCCACCGAUAGCUUUUCACUUCAAUAAAACAUUGAAAAAGAAAUAUUCAGUACAAUCUAAACAUCAUCUGGUCAUAUAUAAUGUCACUCAUGACGAGUUAGGAGUUUAUUACUGUGUGAACAUGGAUAAACCUCCAAAAGUCAGUAACAGCACACGACUGAACAUCAUGGAGAUCAGGAAAAAGGAAAACAGGACACAUUGGAAGACUUUCAGCCUCAUAUCUUGUCUGUUAAAUGCGGUUCUGAUCAUAACAGUUGUGGGACUAAUAAAUGUCUAUGUUAUUGAAAAUGGAAAAAGCUCAGGACAAUGUCAUAGCACUGACCUACAGCAGACACAAGUUACAGAACAGCAUCAAGAUCCAAAUCAAGUACAGUAUGCAGCGGUGGACUUUUCCAAAAUGCAUAAAAAUGUCCGUCCCAGCAAAGACAACAGCACAUAUACUGCUUUAAAGCUGCCAAGGCAAAAAGCACAAGGAUUAUAAAUGACAUCAUAUAUAUUUACGGAAAAAAUUAUAACUGCUACAGAACUGUUUAACCUUAUAAAGUUAUUUAGAUUUUUUUUGGAAUAAAAUUGUUUGAAGUAUUUUACCUUUUUGCUGUUGACUUAAUUUAGACAGCAUAACUGAUGUGUGAAGUGAGUUAUCAAUGAUAAAAAUGCCUUUGUUAACUGUACAAUGAUUUAAUUUGCCAUUCUGGAUUUUGUAACAAUGAACCGUAAACUGCUCAGAUUUUGCUGAAAAUAAACUUUUUAAAACUA